GCGAAUAAUCUGGCAAAUUGACCACAGUCACACCGUCAGGCUACCGAACGCAAAAUUGAACGAAAUUCAGCCCCAAACCUGGAAUUUUAUCGCGUUUUGAUGCCUAAAUAUUGGUCAGAAAGUACCAUCAAUGGACUUCCAUCACUGAUGAUCGUGUUUGAGGGCUGAUAAUGAUGAAGAUGAAGCUGCGAGCGGCGGGAGGCGAAAAUCACCGAUGCGACUUGAAUUCUGUUAACGGAACCGAUCGGCCGGGACAUCGAGAGAGCAGUACCGGAGCGGCUCCGCUCGAUAAGGAGGCGGUGUUCGAGUGGUUCGGCUUACAGCUGAGCCCGGCCGGACGCGUGGAGCUGCUCUGCGGGCUGCUGCAUAUGUGUCAGCCGUUGGAGCUACGUUUCCUCGGCGCCUGUCUGGAGGAUCUGGCCCGGAGAGAUUUCACCGUCCUGCGAGACUUCGAGAACCGGGCCAACAGCCCUGCUGAUCUGGUGGGGCUAGUGGACGUGAGCGACCCGGUGGUGCUGUCCAAACUGCUCGUUUAUUUGUCUCUUCUCGGAUCCAAAAGUAGGGAUUGCGCCGGGAUACUAUUCAUGACGUUGAGCCGAAUGGACGGGGGGCUGUGCGGGGCUCUACCGGAGCCGGAGACGGUCGAACAGCUGCGGCUGCUCUUCACGAUGGGCUCGUUACACCCGGCGUUCAGCUUCCAUCAACGGGAAGAGCUGCGAGCGCAGCUGGACAGACUCCAAGGCUGGAGCCAGUUUUCCAGAGCGGGGUUCCUCUGUCCACACCAGGAGAAUGACGUAGACUGGACGCUAUGCAGCAAUCCUAAUCCGCACCUCAGCAGCACAUCACAUAGGGAAGUGGUUCAUAUUGAGAAGAUCAUUCUGAAGGAGGUUUCUGUGGGAGGAGAUGGCAGGCAGUACAGUUUUGAGGUGAAAUGGUCCGACUCCUCAUCAACUGCCAUCACCAAAAGUCAUCGUGAGUUAGAGAAUUUUCUUUUAAAGCUUCCAAAGGAGCAGAGUCCUGAUGGCUUUGAGAAGAGUAUUGUGAGGUUACUCAAUUGUGGAGAUCAGAAUCAACACAGAGAACUGGAGAGAACCCUCAGGGAGAAGUUCUUGUCUCUAUCACAGGAUGUUCUUCAGCGGUGUGACGUUACCAGUUUCUUCCAGUCUGAUCCGUCUUUAUUGUCCUGCAGCCACUGUACCAGUGCACCUGUAGCCAGAAUCCAUCAGUCUGGUUUCUCUGAGGACUGCUCUGAGACCUCCAGUCUGGAGGAGGAUGUGGAUGCUUACAGCAUCAGAGAUCCAGGACUGAGUAAUCAGCGUUCUGAAUGCCAGCGAAGGGGAAACUGUGAGCAGAAUGGAGAGAGGGAACAGAGCUGCGCAAAUGACAGACAAAUCCACACGCCUGGACAAAAGAGCAAAGGAAGAUCAGCUGGUAAAAGGGAGAGAGGCCGACGAGUGACCAAUGCAAAGAGUUCUAAUGGGAUCCAAAAACCUUCUGCAACACUGAUGAUCAACCAGACUGCUUGCAAAGACACAGGAAAGGACCGGUAUGGUGACACGUCAUCGGAGAGCUCGAACUCUGUGCCGUCAAGCCCUGUUUACCAGAAGAACCUGGAGGACCAAGAUACAGAGAGUCAAUCCGAUAACUCAGUGCAGGAAUCGGCUGAAAAGACUCACCUCGCCAAAGGCAUUGGCGGCAAAGCGGUUGCCAUGGUGAACCCGUUAGUUGCCGAGCCUCAGAACGUUCUGCAACCGCCUUCAGUGGUGGAGUUGGCACUGACCGCUUGCCUACCCUACGCCCUACAGUACAACACCACCCAGAGGGACGCCGGAGAGAGUAAGAUAACCAUUACGAUUCCACUGGCCAGAGACCCAGCACCAUCAACGGCCAGCACUCACCCACAGCAGCAGCCUCCACCGGGGGUGUUCAGCGUCCUCUCGGCUGGCCAGUGUCCUCUACUGCCCACCAACAUCACAGCCAACAAUCCUGUCAAAUCAAACGCCAAGGCCUCGUCGCUGCCCGUAUCUGUCAACACCCCUUCCAGCUCGAUUUCCUGCCCCGUCUCCACUAGCCAAGUCCCAGGACCUUGUCCUACAAAUGUGCCCACUCACACCCCGGGGCCCGGGCCCCUGCCGGCCCCUGCCGUCACACACAGCACAGCUCAGAGCGAUUCCUUGUCCUACAUCAACAGCGCAAGCUUGUCGGUCACAGCACAAGCACAGCAAGGGGGCUGCAACACAUGUGGAUGUCGUGGAAGCUGCGGGGGCAGUGCUGCUCAACAGUCGCCCAGCUACUUCCUGCCCCCUCAACCUGCCCGUCAAAUGUUUGGGCCACCGCCCCCCUUCUUCCAUCUCCCUCCAUCUCUAUGCAAUAGUUUCCCUGCCCAGGGUCACCAAAAUAACGGGUCACCUCUACCCUUCUAUGCCCACACUGGUCCUCCCGCAGCUUUUCUACACGCCCACUCGGAUCCUAUGCUGGCUUCUCAGGCAGGCUACAGCAUGCCUCAAAUGCCCCCUUUUCGACGCUUUUACCCUCCUGUUUUUCCACCGGUGGGCAUGAUGUCGGGUGGAACCGGCCCAAAAAAGCCCACUAAUGUGUCCUGCUAUAACUGCGGUAUGAGCGGGCAUUAUGCCCAAGACUGCAAACAACUGUCCAUCGAUGCCGGGCUGACGGGUAACAGCAGGGCCAGGAAAUGAUAAUAUGGUGGUUUCCGGCUGAAGUAUGUUGCCCCAAACUCCUCGGAAACACUAGACAAAACUGAUUGACAGGAAGCAGGGGAACAAGCAAUUCCAGAGAAGCUUUAGACUGAUUUUUAUGUUUGUAUUAGCAUUCUUGUCAAGGGAGAGAAUAUAUCUGUUUUGGACACGGCCACACCUGUGUCAAGGUGCAAAACCUUAGAAACGAAUUGAUCUAGUUCUAGUUUAAAUAGGAUACGUUUUUUUUUGUUUUAGGUUCAGAAAAAGUACUUUAUUGUUGUCAGAAGACUUUUGUUUUUAUGAACAAAGGUUAAUUUGAAAAUGAAACUUGAGUUCUCUAGUGCAGUAUUUUUUUUUUUUUUUUUUAAUUUCACUGUUUUUUAUGACACGUGAAUCUGUAUAGGCUUUUAUAUAUGCUACGAGCAGUUAAAGGGAUAGUUCACCUAAUAAUUGAAAAUUCUGUCAUUAUAUUCUCGCUUUCAUGUCGUUCCAUAACCGGAUGCUGCCAUAUUUUCCAUGGAACACAAAAGUAAUGUUUUCAAAGAAUCUUUACGCAGCUCUUUCCAUACAAAGACGGAUCACAGUGACCAUGCCUGUCAAGCUCCAAAAAGAAAAAAAAACAGUCAGUGUGACAAUGCUAUCGUAUUGCUUCAGAAGGUUUUGAAUAAUCACAAAACUUGACGCACCAUUUUUGAGCACGAAUAAGACGCAAGCUCUGGUUUAGGUGAAGAAUUCUGACAUUUUUUUCUAUUUAUCACACAAAGCUAUUGUUUUCAGAAGACUUGGAUAGGAACGAGUCAUAUCGACAACUUUUACUGAUUCUCAAAAAACAUCUUUUGUGUUCCACAGAAAACAUUCAAACAUACGGUUUUGGAACGAUAUGUGGGCGAGUAAAUAAUGACAUCAUUUUCACUUUUGGGUGAACUAUUCCUUUACGGCAAUACUCAGUUGUGUUUUCUGUAAACAUAUUUUGAAAGUUCUUUAUUUGUUAUCAAAGAUUUGUUUUUGUCUUCGCUGAUAAUGGCGAUAAAGAGAGAAGAUCAAAGCGGAUAACAAUGCUCUUUCUGACAUUAUAUGCUGCUUGUUUGCCCCGUUGUCCUUUUGGACACGAUGCACUACAGCCGUUAAUUGAAAAAUGUGAGUCAGGUGUUUAUAAUGCACUGAAAUAGCCAGAUUUACAGUACUGCCUCCAUUCACAAGCUCUGACCACUAGAGAGCGUAAGAGUUUUUUACCAUGCAGCUUCAGGUCUUAUUGAUAUUGUAUUGAAGUCUUCAUGGCAGAAGUGCUUUAGGAGUCAAAUAAAAUCAGUUAUACGUACUCGUUCUUAGCCUAAAACACUGUUAUGAGGAAAUACUGAAUAUAAUUUCAAUGUCAAAUAUUCUGUAACCAAGAAAGGAUGGUUUUUGGUAGAAAGGUGUUUGCUAACAUAGGACAACUCUUUAGCAUCAAGAAUAUCUUGCUUCUGUGUUGAAACUAUUUUUCUUAUUGUCAAAGGAAAAAGCGGGCAGAUGUUUGUGCCUAUUGCCAUGCGUUGAAAAUUAUUUCAGAAGUCUUAAUUGUAUGUUAAAAGUAAAUAUUAAAAAUAUCAAAGUUGUUAUAAUUUCUGAAAUCUUGCUGAAAUUGCCAAAGCAGCCCUACCUUUUUUUAUAUGGAGAUUUGGCAUGUUUGUAUCGAGGGAAAUAGCUGUAAGGAUUUUAUUUAGAUAUUUUCAGACAUUUUGAUGAAGGGCUCGAGGUCUUUAGUAUGGUUGUCCAGGUGUAGCACAUUUACUAUAAGUAACAUCACCUGCGAUUGGGUAGCUCAUCCGUUACCCCCAAUUCAUGGAUUGUGUUACAGGGUUUUAAAUGUGCUUUGAUUGAUUGACUUGGUACAAUAAACACUAAUCUAUAAAUAGACUUUGAAGGGAGUUGAGUACUUUAGGUUGAACCCAAAAACCUGUCGACUGUAUUCGUUAUACUUUUAUAGAUUUAUGAAGCUGUACUGUAUGAAUGAGGCUUCGCCUCUGUUUAUGUUUACUGUAUUUCAUAUGUACAUGUUGAUUAAUCUGUACUGAGGGGUCAAAUUAAUCUGAUCACAUUUGCAUUUUCUGGCAAAUUGAUCAUGUCGGUCAAGAUAUUAGCAAUAAAUAUAAAAACCCAGUUUGGCGGUGGUCAUUUUAUUAUCGAUUGUUCAUGAUGUUGAAAGGCUAAUGGUUCGGUAGUCUCAGCCUCAGAUGACACGCCUACAGUCUGUGUACUAACCAUCUGACGCUUCUAGCCAGGGGUGGAAAGAGUACUGAAAAAUCCUACUCAAGUAAAAGUACUGUUACUUCCUAAAAAAUUUGUGAGUAGAGUAAAUGUACCUGUCCUAAAAACUACUCAAGUAAGAGUAAAAGAGUAGCUCAUUUAAAAGUACUCAUGAGUAGUGAGUAUUGGGUUGCAAAUGUGAUGAGCCCUUAUAAUAAACACUGUAUGCUGCAAUUUCA